UCCACCAACAAAAUCAAUAUUCGCUCAGAUGUGAUAGUCGUGGUCCAAGCUUCAUACAGCAAACAGUUACACGUCAACCGUCUCUGAAUAUGGGACCUCGAGAAGAAAAGUCUCAGGCCUUGAUUGGGAAGGCCACGGCUUUUAAGAACACCCCCUGGUGUGAUCAAUACGAGCGAAUGAUAUCUGGGAUGAUGUAUAAUCCCUUUGACCACCAACUGACAGAAGCUCGUUUCCGCGCCCGAAGACUCCUAUCAAAGUAUAAUAGUGCUCCCAUAUCAGACGAGAUGACGCCAGAGUAUCUCAAAGCCGACCGGGACGCCAUCCUCAGCCAACUCCUUGGUUCUGUCGGAUCCAAUGUCUAUCUUGAACCCCCCAUCUUUGUCGAUUACGGCUGCAAUAUCAGCGUCGGUGACAACUUCUACGCUAAUUUCCAGUAAGUCCGCUAGCGUCCUUUGGUCCGAAUAUACUAACCCGACCGGGCCUAUAGUGCGACAAUGCUCGACUGCUCUCUUAUAACAAUAGGUGAUAGGGUUUCCUUCGGUCCGAACGUGAGUAUCCUAGCCGCCACGCAUGAAACAAACGUACAAUCGCGUCGGGAGGGAUUGGAGUUUGCACUUGAGGUCUCGAUCGGCAACGACUGCUGGAUCGGGGGUGGAGUCACUAUACUG